AUGACUUCGAUAUCGGGUGAUGGACCUCGAUUUGCGACAGUCACGGAUAACGAUUAUGGUGGCGUGGUCUGGACGGUGUCAAUUCUCUGCGGAAUCUACUUUCUGUUGACCAUGGCGUUAAGAGGCUAUAUCAAACGGAGAACUUGGGGCCUCGACGAUUGGCUUGCUGCGGCGGCGACUGCAAUGUCUCUGGCUCAAUAUAUUGCCAUAUGGGUGUCAGCGUCGAACGGACUGGGCAGAUCCUGUAAACACUUAACCGAAUCGCAGGUGUCGAACAUCGGACGGGGAGUUCUUGCUGGCGAGAUCUUUUUGGUUAUCUCUUUGGCUUUGGCCAAAGCAUCAGUUACCUGCCUCAUCCGGCGACUAUUCUCCAUCAACAUGAGAAAGCGUUCACUCAUCUGCGACUCAUUCCUGGCAAUAUGCGUACCCCGCUGGGAAGCCAUUGGGAUUCUCGACGCUGCGACCGAGGCUGCUAUAGUUGGAAUGGUCUUUGCUCUUCUUUGGGGCUUGAAAAUGAAACCCGGGAGAAAGGCUCAAAUCGUGACAGCAUUUGCCUUUAGACUUGGUAUCAUUGCUUUUGCCGCUGUCCAUGUGUGGGAUCAAAAGAAUUUUACCGUUCGACCAAAUACCGGAGUUCGACUGGCCGCUCCCAUUGUUUUUCAGCAAAUCGAACUUUGCUAUUCUCUGCUCUCUUGCACCAUUCCCAACUUGAAAAGUUUCCUCCUCAACUUUGAUACUACCAUUGGCAUGACCCUCGACCCGUUAACGACGAGAUCCUACGGGGUAACAAAUCCGCAUUCUGCGACGACAUCUUUUCGAUUAAAGACUCUGAGAUCCCGGAAUGGCGACAAGCAACCGAGCCCAGGAGUAACGCCACUCUUUCGCCCAGAUGCUGUUGAAUACACUGCGGCAGUUGGCAGAAAUAGCGCACCCAAUGAUAUGAACGAAGAAGCCUCAUCUAUAUCCCGAGAUAACCAGUCUGACCGAAGCAAGGGCAGUCAAGAAAUGAUCAUUCGCCGAGAAGUCGCAUGGACUGUCCACCAGGACUGA